AUGUCUCAGAGAUAUGGUUCCAGCAGGCAUUACUCUUCCUCCCGCAGUGGAGGGGGAGCAGGAGGAGGUUCAUCCAUCAGAAUCUCAAGCAGUAGAGGCUCUGGCUAUGGCGCUAGCUCUAUUGGGGGAGGAUAUAGCUCAGGUGGGGGCUUUGGAAGUAGAUCAGUAGGAGGCUUUGUGGGAGGCUUUAGUAGCAGCAGCUAUGGUGGGGGUAGCUUUGGUGGUAGCUAUGGCAGUGGUAGCUAUGGUGGGGUAAGCUAUGGGGGAGGAAGCUUUGGAGGACUCUUUGAUGGAAGUGAGGGGGGCCUCCUCUCAGGGAAUGAGAAGGUCACCUUGCAGAACCUGAAUGACCGCCUGGCAUCCUACCUGGGCAAGGUGAAAGCUCUAGAGGAUUCUAACUCUGAACUAGAGCAAAAAAUCAAGGAAUGGUAUGAGAAAUAUGGCAACUCAAGACAGAGAGAGCCUCGUGACUACAGUCAUUAUUAUGAUGUCAUCAAAGACCUUAAAGAUCAGAUUCUGACUCUCACUACUGACAAUGCCAAUGUGCUGCUGCAAAUUGACAAUGCCAGGCUGGCUGCUGAUGACUUCAGACUGAAGUAUGAAAAUGAAGUUGCUCUUCGUCAAAGUGUGGAGGCUGAUAUUAAUGGACUCCGCAGAGUCCUGGAUGACCUGACCUUGACCAAGACUGAUCUAGAGAUGCAGCUUGAAAACCUGAAUGAGGAGCUGGCUUUCCUCAAGAAGAACCAUGAGGAGGAAAUGAAAGAUCUUCAGAAUGUGUCCACUGGUGACGUGAAUGUAGAGAUGAAUGCUGCUCCAGGAGUGGAUCUGACUGAGAAUCUGAACGUCCUGAGAAGCCAGUAUGAGCAACUGGCUGAACAGAACCGCAGAGAAGCUGAAGCCUGGUUCAACGAGAAGAGCAAAGAGCUGACCACAGAGAUCAAUAGCAAUGUGGAACAAGUGUCGAGCCAGAAAUCUGAGAUCACUGAACUCAGACGUAAUGUUCAAGCUCUGGAGAUUGAACUGCAGUCACAACUGGCCCUGAAACAAUCCCUGGAAGCAUCCUUGGCAGAGACAGAAGGUCGCUACUGCUCACAGCUAUCAGAAAUCCAGGCCCAAAUCACGGCUCUGGAAGAGCAGUUACAGCAAGUCAGAGCUGAAACCGAGUACCAGAAUUCAGAGUACCAAUUGCUCCUUGACAUCAAGAUCCGCCUAGAGAAUGAAAUUCAGACCUACCGCAGCCUGCUAGAGGAAGGAGGGUGAAUUGGUCUCUCUUUUUAUAGUUCUGCUCACUCAUCUGCUGUUAUUGGCCAUGGAGGAAGCUCUGGUGGCACCUACAGAGGAAUCUCUGGUGGUGUCCAAGGGGGUAGUAGCUCCAGUGGUGCAUAUGGAGGAAGCUCUGGUGGCAGUGGAGGAGUAACAAGUUCUGGCUCCAGAAGAGGUUCAAGUGUAGUACAAGGAGGAAGUUCUGGAUCUGGAGGAGAAUCAACAUCUAAAAGCAGCUCUGGAACAAGGUCAGCAGAAACUAACUGGGAUUCUAAGAGAACCUAUGUGAUCAAGACCAUCAUUGAGGAAGUUGCUCCUGAUGGUAGAAUCCUUUCAUCCAGAGUGGAAUCUGAGCCUGAAAAGCACCAAUAUUAA